UAGCUCAUACUCCGCUCAGCAUCCUCACCUCGUGAGAUCGACACAGCCGGGAUGCCAUUGUUGUCUACCCUUUCCAUCCUGUCACCCUCGCCCUCGCCCACCUGUCCCCAUCGUUGUCCUGCCGCCCGCUUGUGCUCUCGCCCCUCCACGUACGCAUUGUGGCCCGGCCUCUGUGCUGCCGUGACUGCCUCUUUCACACCUCCGGGGCGACACCCGCCAGCUCGCAGGCGCGGAGACUGGCUUCACUCUGGCCCUCCGGGGUCGAGUGCUGACUCCCCCGAGCCCUCGCUGCCACCGCCAGCCCCGGCUCUACGUCGUGGAGCCGCCCUCGUCAACAUAACCGGUACCUUCAAUAUCCUACGCAUCACCUCGCGCCGGCUCCCCCAUCAUCCUCACGUCCAAGCCGCGAGGCCAGGACACCCGACGCCACCUCGCUUGCGACCUCUAAAUGUGGAGUCUUACGACUCCCCGCCGCGCUCCCUUUCAACCACGAGAUUGUGGUCCCUCGCGCCCGGUUCAGGCUACGUGUCCCUCGGCUCUACGGCGCCCGCGAGAUCUGUGUUAUUCAGCCCGCCGAUCCAGAGCUUGGGUGCCACACGCGAGAACCACUCUGGGCUGAACUCGCUCGGGUCCGGCGUGAAAAAGGUGUUCAAGUUCCACAGCCCCACGCGCGGCGGCGCGGGCUGCCAGUGCUACCAGCGCACGCGCACAGCGAACCCGGCGGGGUGGUCGAUCGGCGGCGGGGGCGGUGCACCGAGGAGCAGCGUGCAGAACGCGGCGAGCACGCAGUAACCCAUUGCGGCAAUGUCGUCACGCGGCACGUCGUUGCAGCCUGUGCGGCUGGUGCCCCCGACGCCUCGUCUUGGCGAUGUCCGCAAGGGGCCGGUGCUCUCGAGCGCGGUCUGGGAGCCUGAUGGGUCUUUGGCAUUGGCGUUGGAAGAGGCGGGCUGACGCCGGCCUAGGCGGGGUGGCGGACGUGGACGCCCACGGCUCGCCGAGGUAGGAGUCGAGC